AUGUGCUACGACCGCUACGUGUCCAUCUGCAAACCCCUGCACUACGGGACCCUCCUGGGCAGCAGAGCUUGUGCCCACAUGGCAGCAGCUGCCUGGGCCACUGCCUUUCUCUAUGCUCUCAUGCACACAGCCAAUACAUUUUCCCUGCCCCUGUGCCAUGGCAAUGCCCUGGGCCAAUUCUUCUGUGAAAUCCCACAGAUCCUCAAGCUCUCCUGCUCAAAUUCCUACCUCAGGGAACUUAAGGUUAUUGUUUUUUCCAUCUCUUUAGCAUUUGUCUGUUUUGUGUUCAUUGUUUUCUCCUAUGUGCAGAUCUUCAGGGCUGUGCUGAGGAUCCCCUCUGAGCAGGGACGGCACAAAGCCUUUUCCACCUGCCUCCCUCAUCUGGUUGUGGUCUCCCUGUUUAUCAGCACUGCCUUUUUUGCCUACCUGAAGCCCCCCUCUAUCUCCUCCCCAUCCCUGGAUCUGGCCCUGUCAGUUCUGUACUUGGUGGUGCCUCCAGUCCUGAAUCCCCUCAUCUAC